UUCCAACUACCAUCAUGGCUCGUCGUCACUCGUUAGCACCGGUCUUGCUGGCGUCCGCGCUGCAGACGCCGCCUGCUACGCCCUCCCUGCCGUCGCUGGUCGACGAGGAUCUGCCGUGCUAUAGCCGUCGUGACGCGCUGGGCUCGUCAGAGCCGAGGACGCCGACGGAGCACACCUACACGCUGGGGGAUGGGAAGAAGCCGUGGUUGACGCUCACGAUGGUGAGCAGCGCCCGGCAGGGGGCGGUGGUCCCCCAGUACUACGAGAAGGAGCACAUUCGGGGGACCGUGAAGCUGCGUGCGGACAAGCGCGACUCCGUGCAGGCUAUCAACCUCUUGGUUAAGGGCCGUGUGAUCACAGGCGCCUCCGCAAGCGACUCCUUCACAUUCCUCAAUCUCAAUGCACUGCUAUGGUCUCGCGCAGGCGGCGUCAACAGCGAGAACCACCCCCAAGGCAGCGACGCCAUGCCCUUCUCCAUCCCAAUCCCUCGCAACACGACCGUCCGCAUGGGCGACGGCAGCGAGCGCACCUUCCCCUUACCCGGAACAUUCCUGGAGAAAGACGCCCCGGUAUCUGUCAAGUACGACUUCGUCGUCGUCGCCGCGCGCGGGAAGUUGAGGUCGGACGGGACGAUCAACGCAACGUUUGGUUUCGUGCCCAGCCUCCGGCCGCAGGCGCCGUCGAUUUUCAGGCAGAUUGCGUACCAGCAAGGCACGCAUAUCCCACCGCCGUCCGCUGACCCGGAGGGGUGGCAUACGAGGCAGAAUAUUCGCAUUCGCGGGACACUGUUCCGUACGCGGGAGGUCGAGAUUUCGUGCCAGAUCUCCCUCGCAAAGCCACUGAUGUACACGCGCGGCAGUGUGCUGCCGUUGCAUCUUGUCGUAGACGGACCUGACUUGGAGAGCGUCGAUCUCCUGGCCGCACCACAAGCCAUUGUUGUAGCGCUCCAGCGCCGCAUCACAUAUCGUUCCUCAGGCCAGCGCGAACAACGUGACGAUGUCGCACGCGCGGUAUGGUGGGCUGCGCACCCGCCGUCGCCCGAUCGUCUGUCGCGAGAGCUCGAGGGCGAGAUCCACCUCACGAAGGACCUAAAGCCGUCGUGCUCGGUGCCAAACUUCAUCUUGAGCUACCACGUCGUCGUCUACCCCUUCGAAGCGACCGGCUUCAAGCCUGCGCCACCAAUGACCUCUGACGGCCACAUCGCGCGUGAGACUGUCGAAAUUGCGACGAUGUACCCUAAGGGACCCAUCCCGCGGCCCAUCGCGUACUCGCCGCCUGCAUACGAGGCACCGAAGAAGCGGCAGCGCAGCCUCUCAUUCGCAGUUGCAUCGGUAGUCCCGACGCUAUGAGACCUCGGUAACUUCGUGUCCUGUGCCAUGGCUCCGCCAUUUCUGGUCCCGCUCUGCUCCCGCCAAACAAUACGCGCUCCGCUGCUAUUGUUCCUCAUUUACCCCCGGCUGACCACGCCGCUCGCCCGCUGGCCUCGUUCUACACAUCCUACCACACAUACCCGCUCUUACUCAACUCCUUACGACACUAGACGAUGAUACCUCUACUCUACAUGCUCUCAUUGGUAAUAUUGAUUCUACCGCUGCGCGGGUGGCACGCUCCUGCUGUCUUGUUCUGCUGUGUAUAUUCUUGUACAUUUUGUCCUGUUUAGUUUCCGUGGUCUUUGAUAUCUCACGUUUUCUUGGAACCCAUUCUUGCGCUGUCAUAAGUCAUAGGCAAGGUAUUGGCCGCCAUUGUUCUAAGUUUGCUGAUUCUUGUGGGUGCGAGUAGCCGCAUGCUUGAUGACCGUGGGAAUGGGAAGUAUCAUUGUUGAUGUUC